AUGGAGGAGACCGAGGAGGGGAGCUCUCUGAAUCCCGGCUGUAAGAUCAUGACCUUCAGACCCACCUUGGAGCAAUUCCAGGACUUCAACAAAUGCCUUGCUUACAUGGAGUCGAAAGGAGCCCACCGAGCUGGCCUUGCUAAGGUGAUCCCACCUAAGGGGUGGAAGCCCAGGAAGUCUUAUGAUGACAUUGAUGACUUGCUGAUCCCAGCUCCGAUCCAGCAGAUGGUGACAGGCCAGUCGGGCCUCUUCACGCAGUACAACAUCCAGAAGAAACCCAUGACUGUGAGGGAGUUCAGAGAGCUGGCCAACAGUGACAAGUAUUGCACUCCAAAACACUUGGAUUAUGAAGAUUUGGAGCGCAAGUACUGGAAGAACUUAACAUUUGUGGCCCCCAUCUAUGGCGCCGAUAUUAACGGGAGCCUUUAUGAUGAGGGUGUGAAUGAGUGGAACAUAUCUCGCCUAAAUACGGUCUUAGAUGUGGUUGAGGAGGAUUGUGGCAUUUCAAUCGAGGGUGUGAAUACCCCUUACCUCUACUUUGGCAUGUGGAAAACUACUUUUGCCUGGCACACCGAGGACAUGGACCUCUACAGCAUCAACUAUCUCCACUUCGGGGAACCCAAGUCAUGGUACGCUAUCCCCCCGGAGCAUGGGAAACGUCUGGAAAGACUAGCUCAUGGGUUUUUCCCAAACAGCUCUCAAGGGUGUGAGGCAUUUCUUCGCCACAAGAUGACGCUGAUCUCCCCCUCAGUGCUGAAGAAGUACGGCAUCCCCUUCAACAAGAUCACCCAAGAGGCGGGCGAAUUUAUGAUUACUUUCCCGUAUGGGUAUCAUGCUGGUUUUAAUCACGGUUUCAAUUGUGCAGAAUCGACCAAUUUUGCCUCUGUCAGAUGGAUUGACUAUGGAAAAGUUGCUAAAUUGUGCACCUGCAGGAAGGACAUGGUGAAAAUUUCUAUGGAUGUCUUUGUGAAGAAGUUUCAGCCGGACAGAUACCAGCUUUGGAAGCAAGGAAAGGAUAUCUAUACCAUCGAUCACACAAAGCCUACUCCGGAAUCCACACCGGAAGUCAAGGCGUGGCUUCAGAGGAAAAAGAAAGACAGAAAAGCAUCCAAGAGUCUCCAGUGCCCUCAGGGUCUCCUUAAAAGACCCAAGACUGAAGAGGAUGAGCAAGAACUUGCCAUAGCUGGUAGCAUGGAAUUACCCACCCCCACCCCAGCCACAGAGAACCUCAAGGUCACUGAAAUGGCGGGCUCGUCGGUGAAUGUGGUCAGCGGUCCAAAAAGAGCACCUUCCCAGGUGGUGACCUCUGCUAAGAGGGUGAAGCUGGAGUCGAACUUGGCAUAUAACGUCAAAGUCUCAGCACACAGUUGCUCACGCACAUCUGUAAUGCAGAGAGUGAAAACCAAGAGGGAGAAGCCCCCCUGUGCCACCGCUCUGCUUCCCAUCACCAAGAAGGCUCGUUAUACUGUCAUGGUAACGAGUGUCCGUGUGGCGUCCAAGGGAGCAAACUUUGCCAGGCCUGCAUGGCCCAAGUCGCCCGAGUCAUGCUCCUCCCUGUCGGAUACGAAUGGCAUGUGGACAGAGGAAGAGGACAGCGACGAGGAGAGCCAGAUGAAUGGUCUGGAACCCGGCGAGAUCCCAACCAUCCACAGUGGAGAGAGAAGUGGCUUCAAAGUCCCCUGUGUAUGUGAAGAAGAUACCAAAAGUGGUAAGAGUUGGCGCCACCCACUAAAUAAGCCCCUAGCAAGACCCCCAAUGUCAGUUGUGAAGCAGCAGACUGUAAGUGACGAAGAGUUACUUGAGGUGACGUCAACUGAGGAGGAGGUGGAAGAGACGGAGGCUUGGGCUCAGCCUCUGGUCCGCCUUUGGCAGACGAAGCCUCCAAACUUUGCAGCCGAGCAAGAAUACAAUUCAGCCAUGGCCAAACUGCCCCCACACUGCGCUGUCUGCACUCUGCUCAUGCCCUACUACAAGCCUGACGGCAGCAGUGAAGGAAAUGAUCCUGAAAAGGACACGAAACCAGCUGAAGCAAUUGCUUCGAGAACCAAGACUAAGCCACUCAUUCCGGAGACGUGUUUUAUUUAUAGUGAGGAAACUGUAGGAUAUUCUCCGCCCAGUGCCUUCAUCGAAGAAGAUGGAACGAGCCUCCUGAUUUCCUGUGCGAAGUGCUACGUACAGGUUCACGCAAGUUGUUAUGGUAUUCGUUCUCACGAGGUCUGUGACGGAUGGCUGUGUGCCCGGUGCAGAAGAAGUGCGUGGACAGCUGAAUGCUGCCUCUGCAAUUUGAGAGGAGGUGCUCUCAAGCCAACAAAGAACAAUAGGUGGGCCCAUGUCAUGUGUGCUAUUGCGAUCCCAGAAGUACGAUUCACUAAUGUCCCCGAAAGGACACAGAUAGAUGUAGGCAAAAUCCCUUUACAGAGGUUAAAAUUGAAGUGCAUAUUCUGCAGACAUCGGGUUAAGAAGCUCUCCGGAGCCUGCAUCCAGUGUUCCUAUGGCCGCUGUCCAGCCUCCUUCCACGUCACUUGCGCCCACGCCGCUGGCGUGCUAAUGGAGCCAGAUGAUUGGCCUUACCUGGUGAACAUCACUUGCUUCCGACAUAAGGUUAAUGCCAGUGUGAAACCCAAACCCAAGAUUUGCGAGAAGACCAUCGAGGUGGGCCAGACGGUCAUCACCAAGCAUCGGAACACCCGCUACUACACCUGCCGGGUGAUCGCCGUGACGUCUCAAACCUUCUACGAGGUUGUGUUCGACGACGGCUCCUUCAGCAGAGACACGUUUCCUGAAGAUAUUGUGAGCCGAGACUGCGUGAAGCUGGGCCCUCCCGCUGAGGGUGAAGUCGUGCAAGUCAAGUGGCCCGAUGGCAAACUCUACGGGGCGAAAUACCUGGGCUUGAACGUUGCCCACAUGUACCAGGUUGAAUUUGAAGAUGGAUCUCAGAUAGUGAUGAAGAGAGAAGAGAUCUACACUCUAGACGAAGAGUUACCCAAGCGAGUGAAGGCUCGUUUAUCCACAGCCUCUGAUAUGCGAUUUGAAGACACGUUUUAUGGAGCCGACAUAAUCCAAGGGGAGAAAAAGAGGCAGAGAACAUUGAGCUCCCGGCUGAAGAAUGAGUACGUGGAUGAUCCGCUGUACCGUACCUUCCUGAAGAGCACCUUCCAGAAGAAAAGCCAGAAGAAACAGUAG